AGAGAGAGAGAGAAACAGACAGACAGACAGAAAGAGAGAGAGAGAGCGAGAGAGAGAGAGAGCUUUUUUUCAGAUUUCCUGUCUGUUGUCAGGCUCUGACUCAUAGCAUCAAACUUCUUCCUUCUUUCUCUUUCUCAGUGAACGUGUGUGUGUGUUGUGUGUGUGUGUGUUGUGUGUGUGUGUUGUGUGAAGCAGGGGGGUGGAGAUGGAUGAAGAACCUGAUCAGUAGUGGGUAUAUAAGUGUGUUUAGAUGGAGGUGAUGAUGAUGGCUGAUGGUUCGAGAUGUGUAAUAAUCAGUUUAGAGGAGUGCUAAUGGAGCGACUCGGUCUAUCUGUGUUGAGCUGCGCACUGCUGCUCGUCUGCACUUCCUUUUUUACAGGCCUUCACGCGAGUCCCAUCUCUCAGACUCCAUUCGUUCUGCGCAAUCUGUGUAAGUUUUGUGAUGUCAGGCCGAGUGAGUGUAACGCCACUGAGGCCCACUGCAUGGUCCACUGCGACAUCACCUCCAUCUGUGAGCACAGCAAUGAGGUCUGCGCUAGUGCAUGGCGCAGAGAUGGCGAGAACAUAACUGUGGAAACAGUGUGUCAUAACCCAUUGGAGCCGUUUCACGGCGUGAUCCUGAAAGACUUCAACAACACGGAGUGUGUGAUGAAGCAUUACAAACAGCUCGGGCCCGAUUUCUACAUCUGCUCCUGCAGCCAAGAGGAGGAGUGUAACGAAAAGCUCAUUUUCUCUACAGCAGAGACCUCGCUGGACAAGCCUCCAGUGUCGAACACUGUCCUCCUUGUCCUCGUUCCUGUCGCCGUCCUGGUCCUAGUGCUCAUGUCAUUGAGUUACUUCUGCUACGUUCACACAGUCCGUCCAUCCAAACUGCAGCCCGAGUUCAGCGACACACAUUCCAUCCUCACCACCAAAUACGAACAUUCUGACAGCGUCUCAAACUGGCUCAAUCACAACACGGAGCUUCUGCCCCUCCAUCUGGAUGAAAUGGUGGGAAAAGGACGCUUCGCUGAAGUGCACCGCGCCCGACUCGGGCAAAAGACGAGUGAAAACGGGGUGUUCCAGACGGUCGCAGUGAAAAUCUUCCCACUGGAGGAGUUCCUGUCCUGGAGGACAGAGCGCGAGAUCUUCCUGGACGCAGAGCUCUGUCACGAGAACAUCGUCCACUUCCUGGCGGCGGAGAAACACACAGUGGAGCGAAGUUUGUGGCUGGUCACGGCCUAUCAUGCUCGAGGAAACCUGCGAGACUACCUCAGAGCCCACCAGCUGGAGUGGGCAGAGCUCUGCAAGAUGGGCGGUGAUGUCGUAAGGGGCGUGGCUCACCUGCACAGUGACCGGAACGCAGUGGGUGGAGCCAAAGCGCCGAUCGCUCACCGAGACUUGAAGAGCGACAACGUGCUGGUGAAGGACGACCGGAGCUGCUGCAUCUGCGACUUCGGCCUCAGCAUCCGACUCGACAGCAACAUGAGCACGGAGGAGCUCGCUAACAGAGGACAGGUGGGCACGCCGAGGUACAUGGCCCCCGAGCUGCUGGAGUCCAGACUGAACCUGGAGAACAUCGAGUCCUUCAAGCAGGCAGAUGUUUACUCCAUGGCUCUGGUGCUGUGGGAGAUCACGUCCAGGUGCACCGCCAUCGGAGAGGUGAGAGAGUAUGAGCCGCCAUUCGGAAAGUUGAACCAGCUGUGUAUCGAGAGCAUGAAGGACACCGUGAUCAGAGACCGAGAGCGACCCGAGAUUCUGCCCAGCUGGACGACACACCCGGGCAUGAAGAUGGUGUGUGAGAUGAUCGAGGAAUGUUGGGAUCAGGAUCCGGAGGCUCGUCUGACGGCUGCGUGUGUCUCCAAGAGAUUUAACAUGUUCAGCGAUCCGUCAUUCCUCUACGCUGACUCGAUCGAUGAGGAUAAAGCGCCCGAGCUCCCAGAGACAGAGGCGGAGCUAAAUUUAAACUUAUGAAAUGCGCAGUGGACGUGUUUCUGUCCGCAGACUUUAAUUUCGAGUUUGUGCUUCAAAAGAAAUUCUGUAUAAAAUCAGACUUUUUUUAAUGCUAAAGUUUCUGUACUGUGAAUAACGAGACAAUGUAAUAGUGACGCAAACUGAUUUUUAUAAUAAAUCACAUAAAGCUAAUCCUCUAA